AUGUUGACGUCCCUGCUACGGUCCUUCCCUCGGCUUGGACGAAGAUGGGCACCGCUUAACUUUUCCAACCCAAAUUUCGCCCGGAUAGCAACCAGCGAAGUAAUUGAAGAAGAGACCAUUCCAGGCUAUCUUGCUGCCCGGUACUACCCUACCCAAAUAGGGGAGAUCUUCAAGGACCGAUAUCAAGUGGUGGGAAAGCUAGGAUUUGGGGCUAGCUCGACUGUUUGGCUAGCACGAGAUAUGGACCACCGUCGAUAUGUCACCCUCAAGAUGUUUAUCAAAUCUACAUCAAUGGGGCAACAAUUGAACAAUGAGCUUAAUAUCUACAGACGUAUCGAAGGAGCCUCCCAUAGACAUCCAGGAUACAAGGAAUUCGAAGCGAAUGAGCUUCAAGACCCGAGCCCUAGGAAGGAAAUCGACGGAAGAACUAUUUACAUUUCCCGCCAGCUCGGAUUCCCCAAGAGCCUGGGUGCCCCAAUUCUCUGUGAUUUGGGGUCAGCGGUAUUCGGUGAUGAAGCACACACAGAAGAUAUCCAGCCUGAUAUCUAUCGAGCUCCAGAAGUAAUCCUGCAAGCUCCAUGGACAUAUAGCGUCGAUAUCUGGAACGUGGGAUGCAUGGUUUGGGAUAUCUUUGAAGGAGGGUCCUUGUUUACUGGCCAGGACCCGGAGUUUCAGACUUAUCGAAGUCGAGCUCAUCUCGCAGAAAUGAUACGUCUUCUCGGUCCGCCGCCGCCAAGUCUCCUUGCACGAGGCAACUUGACUUCGAAAUUCUUUUCAAAAGAUGGUUUCUGCGCCGGUGUUCCAAUCCACGAACAUGUUUCGCUCGAAGAUAGGGAAACCACCCUCAAAGAACAUGACAAGGAGAGAUUUAUCCACCUCAUGCGGAAGAUGUUGCAGUGGGAGCCAGGAACACGAAGCUCGGCUAGGGAAUUAGAGCAAGAUGAGUGGGUGCAGUCAGAAAUACAUAAAUAA